AUGCUGUUCGAUGAUGGUGCAAAUAUUCUGGAGUGCUUCGUGAUUUAUGCCUAUGUUCUGUCCUCGUUUGUAUCUUUUGCUACAAUUUGGCUUUAUAGGUUUCCGCAGAUGGGGAAUUCGGUGUUCCUCUUCAGAACCAUAUUUCUGUUUGGCAAGUGUGCUCCAAAUUAUGGUCGUAUUUACACGGUACUUCAAGUUCCGAAACGAUUCUUUGUUCAUUUCUACGUGACCGCUGUGAUUGUUUCCCUAUCAACAAUCCUUUUCGUGCUGCAUUGCCAUAGUAAGCGUCUAGAGGAGAAGUUUAAUGCGAUUGCAGUUAUGUUAUGGCAGUUUUGCUGUACAGGUUCUUCGAUUGGAGCAAACAUUGGCCUUUUUGUGAUGUUUUGUCAUGCGUUGAAGCGUCUCUACGAAAACCUAUAUGUUCACCUUUUCUCAGACAGCAAAAUGUCGAUUGCUCAUUAUUUCAUUGGCCACUUCUUCUACCUAACUAUGUCACCCUGUAUCUAUUGGAGCAGUCAGUAUGCAGGUUACUCAACAACAGCGAUUCUUCUGGAUUUCAUUUUAGAUAAACGUGGAAUGGUUGCGAUAAUCGCUUACAUAUUCCUUGCCUUUCUUACGAUGGCUCUGCAGCACCUUGUAAUGCGGCAGCUUGCGUCAACCCGGCUACGUGCAUCCAAGGGUUACUCCUUUUUAGAGAGGCGAAAUGCUUACCUUAUGCCGGAGGGCUAUAUGUUUACGUAUGUUACAUGCCCUCAUUUUUCACUGGAGAUAACUCUCUACAUGUUAACUCAUGCCUUUUUGGGGCUUCGUUGGAUGCCUUUCACUGCCGUUCUCCUCUUCGUCCUAUCGAAUCAACUAUGUAGCGCGGUUAUUAACCAUCUUUGGUACUUGGAAAACUAUCCAAAAUUUGCACAAUCACGGAAGAUGCUUAUUCCUUUUGUACUUUGA